AUGGCUCUCAAUAUCAGUGGGAACUUUUCCUUUGCACUACUUUUGCUUGUCGGAGUAUGGACUCUUGAAGCCACAUCCCGCACCCUUACUGAAUCAUCCAUGGCGGAGAGACACGAGCAGUGGAUGGCUCUUCAUGGACGUGUUUACAAAGAUGCAGCAGAAAAGGAAAUGCGCUUUGAGAUAUUCAAAACGAAUGUUGAGAACAUAGAGGCAUUCAACAGUGUUGGGGGCAAGUCUUACAAGCGUGGCGUGAAUGCAUUUACUGACUUGACUAAUGAGGAAUUUCGGGCCUCUCGAAAUGGUUUUAAGCUUCGAUCUAAUCCUAGAACUAGCGUGUUAAAGUAUGAAAAUUUGACCGUAGUUCCAUCUACAAUGGACUGGAGAAAGAAGGGAGCAGUUACGCCAGUGAAAGAUCAAGGCCAAUGUGGAUGUUGCUGGGCUUUUUCAGCAGUAGCAGCGAUGGAAGGAAUCAACCAGCUGUCAACCGGUAAACUGAUUUCAUUAUCUGAGCAAGAACUAGUUGAUUGUGAUACCAGUGGUGAAGAUCAAGGCUGUAAUGGUGGUCUUAUGGACCAGGCCUUCAAAUUUAUUAUUGAAAACAAGGGCCUAACCACUGAAUCUAAUUACCCUUAUGAAGCAAUUGAUGGAAUAUGUAGCACGUCAAAAGAAUCGUCCCAUGCCGCCAAGAUCACUGGAUAUGGAGAUGUGCCUGCCAACAGCGAGUCCGCAUUGUUGAAGGCUGUGGCCAUGCAACCAAUUUCUGUAGCCAUCGACGCUAGUGGAUCAGAUUUCCAGUCUUAUUCAAGCGGGGUUUUCACUGGAGAAUGUGGAACCCAACUAGACCAUGGUGUUACAGCCGUUGGAUAUGGAGAGAACCCAGAGGGCACCAAGUAUUGGCUAGUGAAAAACUCAUGGGGAACAAGUUGGGGAGAGGAAGGUUAUAUCAGAAUGCAAAGAGAUGUGGAUGCUGAGGAAGGACUCUGCGGUAUUGCUAUGAUGGCCUCAUAUCCAACUGUUUAA